UCAACCAGCAUAUCAAAGUUCCGUGUGGUGGAGCUCCGUGUUUGGGACAGUUUUUAUUCACCUCUGCUGAACUCUGGGGACAGAGAGAGACAAGCUGAUCGGCAUGGCCUCCUCUGAUGACACAGAAGGGUCUCUGACACCUGUGGAUUUCAUCCAGCUGCAGCAGUACAUGGAAUACAGCAGUUUGAGGGUGAAAGAUGUGAUCAAGGACUUUCACCCUGGAGGUCGGCUGGCCCAGCACAGCUUUGGAGAGUGUAUGGACGCAGUGGGUUUCUGUCUCUUUCUCAAGACGUAUCUAGAGGUGGAUGACUUUCCCACAGAUUUCUGCCAACGCCUUUUUCGCUAUUUUCAACACGUAGAGCAGGAUGGGAACACGAAGAGUCCGUUACCCAAAGGAGGAGGGGUCUUUCUUCGUGAUGUGUCCUGUUACUUCUCAGUGCUGGAGGAAGGACAGCCACGAGAGAAGCUUGAAUUUACUUUUAAACUUUACGACAAAGACAACAACGGACUCCUGGACAGCUCUGAAGUGGAUCGUAUAAUCACCCAGAUGAUGCGGGCUGGUGAUUACCUGGGCUGGGAUGUGACUGAGCUCAGACCAGUGCUCAAAGACAUGAUGACAGCGAUCGAUCUGGACGACAGUGGGACCGUCACGCUGGAAGAAUGGGUGAAGGGAGGCAUGAACAAUGUACCUUUACUUGUUCUCCUCGGACUGAAGAUGACAGAGCGGGAUGGGCAACAUAUUUGGAGGAUGAAGCACUUUAACAAGCCGACCUACUGUAGUGUGUGUCAGGGCAUGCUGCUCGGCCUCGGGAAGCAAGGACUCUGCUGCACCUGUUGCAAGUACACCGUCCACAGUCAGUGUGCCAACAAGAAUCCCGAAGCCUGUGCUCGUACCUUUGUCAAAUCUAAAAAGGAGAUUAGUGUAGCAGCUCACGACUGGAUCAGAGCUGACUGUAACUCUACCAAGUGUCAGGUCUGCCACAAGAAGAUCAAAACUUUAGCAGGGAGGCGUUGUGUGUGGUGCCAGGAGAUGCGUCACGAUGAGUGUCUUUUCUCGGGCUUAUCCACCUGUGAUUGUGGACCACUGAGAGAUCAUAUACUGCCUCCGUGGGCCAUAUACGCCGUCUCAAAGGAGGAGGAUACCAACCUGUUAAAUGUUACUCCUGAUGGCCACAUCCUGCAGAUUGUUCCGAUUCCUGACACCCAUCCUCUGUUGGUGUUUGUAAACCCAAAAAGUGGAGGAAAGCAGGGUGAAAGAGUGCUCAGGAAGUUUCAGUACCUGCUGAACCCACGUCAAGUCUACAACCUGUCCAAUGGAGGUCCUGCACCAGGACUGCAGUUCUUCCACAAUCUGCGUGAAUACAGGAUCUUGGUGUGUGGAGGAGACGGGACAGUUGGGUGGCUCCUGGACGCUAUAGACAAAGCGGACCUCCAGGUGAAUCCUCCAGUAGCUGUGCUGCCUCUUGGUACUGGGAACGACCUGGCACGCUGUCUGCGCUGGGGAGGAGGCUACGAGGGGUCAGACUUGAGAGAGAUCCUGAAGGAGAUUGAGGCCAGCGAGAUGGUUCCCAUGGACCGCUGGAGCAUCCAGGUGAUACCAGAAGACCCCCAAGAAGCAGGAGACCCCGUACCCUAUGAGAUCAUCAACAACUACUUCUCUAUUGGAGUGGACGCCUCUAUUGCUCAUCGUUUCCACUCCAUGAGAGAGAAACACCCCCAGAGGUUCAAUAGCAGAAUGAAGAACAAACUUUGGUAUUUUGAGUUUGCCACUUCUGAGACCAUCUCUGCCUCUUGUAAGAAGCUGAAGGACUGUCUCAUGAUUGAGUGCUGUGGGAGACAACUGGACCUGAGCAGCAUGUCCCUGGAGGGCAUAGCUGUCCUCAACAUACCCAGCAUGCACGGGGGCUCCAACCUCUGGGGCGAGUCCAAGAAGCCUGAUGGUGUGCCAGAGGUGGAGCACAGUGAGGUUAUCAAUGACCCCGAACUUCUUAAAACUAUCUCACAGGACAUAAGCGAUAAGCGUUUGGAGGUGGUGGGGCUGGAAGGAGCUAUAGAGAUGGGACAAAUCUACACUGGGCUGAAGAGCGCCGGGCACAGACUGGCACAGACCUCUCAAAUUACCAUCAGGACAACCAAAGCCCUGCCCAUGCAGAUCGACGGGGAGCCUUGGAUGCAACCUCCUUGUAUUAUCCACAUCAAUCACAAGAACCAGGCUAACAUGCUCAUGGCUGCACCAACCAAACCAUCCAGCUUCUUUCACCUCAAGUAGAGCAGCACUUCCACUCCAUCCUCCAGUCUGCACACGGCCACAGUGGACCACCUAUAUUACUAUGAAAAUGAGUGUGUAACUGUGUGCUUUUAUUAUUAAGUGUUGAUGUGUGCUUCUUUUGCACGUAAUCCCUGAUAUGACUGAACUAUUUCAGAGUACAGACAAAUUGCACUUAUGCAGCGAUCACACUGACAGACCAACCUAGAUGUGCAAAUCUCACUACUCAGUCUGAUCACUGCUAUUGUGUGCCAACUUAAAUGUAAUGCACCCAUUUGUUGUGUUUGUAAAUAAAAGAGCUAAGCGUGUCUACAGUACAUGAAU